AUGUCAAAGCCAUGGCAGAAUGAAAAUCCAUGAAUUGUCAUGGUAAUCUGCUGCUGUGAAAGUUCAAAAGUCACGAAUUCAAAUUCGGGUUUGCGGUUCCCUUUCCUCUAUUUUCUCUGCUCCUUGUCCAUGUCACUAAGGAUAUUAAAUUCUUCACUUCAAUGACCUUACGAGACAAAAAAGAACCCGACAUUGAAGCUAUCCAGUUUACGAGCGCCAAGGAAUUGGACGCGGAAGUUAAUGCCAUGCUAACUGUGUUCCGAGACAGAGAGACAGAGCAUAAUUGGGAAGCAAGAGACAAGUCAGUGACGCGCCUGCGAGGUGUACUGCGAGGAGACUCGAAUGAAAAGUAUCAUGAUUCCCUCAUUCUGGGUCUUCGACAGAUGGUGGACGGCAUUAUUAAGGCUGUUGAAAGUCUGCGGACGUCGCUUGCACUCAACGCUUUGACGCUCGUAUCGGAAAUUGGCCUUUAUGUGGGCAAAUCGAUCGACACGUAUAUUUACGACAGACUGAUCGACUGUCUCAUUAAAUGCGCUUCGACGACGAAAAAAGUCAUCGCCUCAGCUUCGAUGAAGACGACCACGACAUUUCUCAAACACUCAAUAUUUCAUUACAAAGUCAUGAACAUGCUUUGGAUUGCCAUGAACGAAAAGAACAACCAAGCACGACUGUUUACCGUCACUUAUACCAAAAUCAUUCUACAAGCACAUACCCAUCGAGAACAUACGAGGGCGGUGAUGGAUCGCACAGGAGGAACUGAUGUCCUUGUCAAAAUUUUGAGCAAGGGUCUGGACGACGCAACGCCAUCUGUCAGGGAAAUGUGUCGCGAAGCAUUUUGGAUAUUUUGGGAUCACUGGCGAGACCGCGGUGAAAAUCUACUCAAAUCGCUCCAGCCACCGAUCAGAAAGACAUUGGAGAAAUCAAAAAAUGCUGCCUUGGCCAAAGGCCGCAGUGUGCACAGUCCAACCAACUCAAGCAGCUCGCUUCGAACAUCCAGCUCUAUGGGAUCUCAUAGAAAUAUAUCUGAUUUCCACGAAGCUGUCUCCCCGUCGACAUCCAGCGCUUCCAACGGGUCAACUGGCUCGAGCGAACAACAUUCCAUUCCACACGAAAUACCCAAGAACAUGGCCCGGUCCAUUUCACCCCGGGCAUCAUCACCCUCGAUUCGUAGCACAUCGCCCCACUUACUCAGAAGCUACGGAUCGCCACCACCUAUUCCCUCACACCUCCACACAGCCUAUAAGCCGCCUACGUCGCCUCCUCCACAACCAGCAGCACCUCCGACGCGAAAAACGCGCGUGCCCGGUUUGACGCGCAAAAAGUCAACUAUUGGAGCAAAUAGCAAACGCAAAUUGAGCCUUGUUUCCAUGCUAAAUCACGACGACUUGACGAUGCGGUGCGAAGGCUUACAUAUGCUAGCCCGCAAAUUAUCUGCACAACCUUUCAACUCGAAACAACCAGAUCGAACAUCGAUUCAGGUGGAGAGCUCAAAGGGAGCUAUUGAUGGAGACAAACUCAAAGAGAUUGUAUGGGGCAUGUUUCAAGAAGACAACGCGCGAUUAUACGAGGCAUUCUCUAGUUGGGAAUCCGUUGCUGGUGUGCUCUUGAAGCUUAUCGCGUUUGAAGAGUAUGUUCCUCGGUUGAUACUUGAUGCAUCAGCGGAUGCGGUAUCACUCAAGACAGAAGAUGAUAUUGCGAAGUUUGAACAAGCCAAUCAAGCCUUUAAACGAGUUAAACAUUAUCUGAAGCGACAUGAUCCUGACCUACCGGACAAGCUGUUUGCAGGAUUAACGGAUGUCGGUGGAUUUGGUGGUGGCAGCACGGCGACACUGAGGAAGACACCUUCAAUGGCGGUGCUAAACAACAAAAAAGAUCCCAUGCGCAAUCCAGCCAACCGAAGGAAAUUGACGAGUCGAUAUCUGGAAUGGAUGGAUGAGCUAGUGUUGCCUAUUUUGGGGUUGGAGCCGAACAACAGCAGCACUGAAGAUUUUGCUGUGGAUCAGUCCGCGACGGAGUGGAUGGAUGUGGAGGCAUCAGAUAAUGUGGUUUCGCAAUGGUUCGAAUCGGAUGCGAAUGUUCGGCAAUAUCUCGAAAAGCUCUUCCCACUUGUCAGCACAUCAUCGAGUGGAUCAGUCGUACACGCCCCGCUGGUAGCACUCGUCGGUCACUUGCGAUUGGUCAACCAAAAAUUGUUCGAAACCGUAGCAUCCACAUACGACACCAGCACCGUCAAUAAAAUAAGCCGUGUCCUUGGUAUUCAUAUCCGAAUUUUGCCAGAUUACAUUUGUCAAGUUGCGCCUAUGGACGAUGUAGCUGGCGAAUCAUUACAAGAUAUUGCUGACGACAAACCGGAAGAACCUACAAUGAACGUGGCGUACGAAUCACCCGUACUGACCGCUAUUGAAAAUGACGAACCUGAGCCAGUUAUUUCCAAAACGGAUACUUCACGAAUUGACCCGGGCCCUUACUCACCUAUCGACGAAAAACCGUUGCUGGCUACCAACGGUACAAUUACUGAUGCCGACAUCGACGACGGUAUUUACCAUGACGAUAUAUCUGCUCCAACGGAUUCUCCUUACGACAUACCAUCACCAUCACCACCUGCUGCGCAAAAGGAAUCUUUCGAUUCUUCUUUGGGAUCAUCAGAAGAGCCGAUACAGCGCAGUCCUGUCCCUCCGCAUACAUCACCGAGCUCUCUGUCUUAUCCAAAACAGGACCAAUCCGACGAGCAUCGAAGUUUAUACACUGCUCCUGUUAAUGAUGCCAUUAAACCGUUUGAUCAGCAACUCCAUAUGAACGACCUGACACUUCCUGUAGCUGCACCGUACGGUCAUGAUGUCAUGUCUGCUCAUCCCCUCUUCUCUCCUAACGAGCAACUCUCCCCCAAAGCCGCUCCUAUCCAAAUCAACGGCAAACAAGAAACAGGCGAAAACAUAACUGUAUUCCAAGCUGCGGAUCCUGUGCGACAAGCUGACCUUAUAGUACCCAAUGUACCUAACGACAAUAUGGAAGUCGCGAGUGCAGCUGGUUUGGUGACGAUUACAUCACCAAAGAACAUGAUGCUUCCAUCUGCUAUCAGUACGGAAGCCAAGCAACGCCCUAUUCAUCGUCAAACCUUGUCUCAUGUACCAUUCUUUGCACCAGAGGAUGUCAUCAACGCACUCCCAGUUUUCAAAGAGAACAAGCGAACAGAUACCUCUGUACAAACGGCAGCUAAUGGACGUGGCGGAAGAGACAAAACAGCAACCAUUUACGCAACGCUGGAUAAAGUUAAAUCCAUGACCGCUGACAAUGCUGCUUUUCGUAAACUGGCUCGUAUUUCACGCGAAGCAUCAAUUAUCCAACCAUGGGACCAAGGCGGAGCAAAUGAAGCAUCUAGCGAGCUGUGGGCAGGUGCUAAUCAGGAUGGAGGCAACUUUGUGGAAGUAGUACAAGGCGUGCUCCUGUAUCUCGAUCCCGGGAACAAUGGCAAUGGCAAGCUCGUAUCCAUGCCAACUGUGUUGGAGCUUGUGCGACAAUUAGCUGUAACACAAACCGGGCUAUUUAAGUACUAUGAACGCAAAGUGGAUCAAGAAGGCAUGACGUUAGAAGCUCGAUUGGUAGAGCGCUUACUUGCUGUGCGUGCAAGUAAUGAAGCCACUAUUUCCACGGGAGCCGAAGAUGCAUUGGAUACGUUGCUGAGUAUUCUUGAACCACAAAACGUAUUUGACAUUAUGAUCUCCUAUCUCGUGCACCGACUUGUCAUUGCGCCAUCCUCAUUUGCAGACGACUCAUCCCGAUACCAUCCCGUGGGUUCGGCAUUUACGUAUUUGGCUAAGGGUGUCAAGGAGGUGGAAGAUGCAUCCUUCAUUGACGAGUGGCUCACGCAAGGCGGGGCAGACGUGUUUUUAAAGGGCGUCAAUCAUGCUAUGAUUCACGUGCGCAAAUCGUGUGUGGAGGCGAUCGUUGAGUUUCACGGAGUGAUGGGGGAUGAUAUUUAUCGGUUUUUGGAAGAUCUACGCGAGGAUCAACUCAAUCUAGUACGACACUACGUUGCUCGAGCUAUCAAGCAAAGAGCAGGUCUUAACAGCUAUGGUAGUACACCUACACAGCUGUAAUUCUUCAUAUAAUCACUCACUCUUUCUCUGUUCACUCUCCCUCUUCUUCUCUAUAGUAACUAUUCCUCAUUUAGUUGUUUUCUUUCUCUCUUAUAUGCUGGCAUGAAGUUUGUUGGAGGAUUCUCAUACUUUGUUCUCAUCUUCUUCCUCCCUCUUUUGUGAUCAAUAUACCCGGGUUUACCGAUGUUUUUUUUAUCAUAACCUAUUAUCAUUAUUACUCUUUUCACUAUU